AGAAGGCGGUAGACACACACAGCGCUGUGCGUGUGUGUCUACCGCCUUCUACUCUGUCCUUGUCCUUGCGCUGUUUGUUUUCCGCUAAUAUGAAUGACCAACUAGCCCAAUCGUCAACACUACUGGCCGAUUGGCCAUGGCAUGGUACAUUGUUCCCCCUUUUUUUGAUUGAAGUUGACGGCUCGCUUUGUCGGCGUGUGGUUUGAGUGUUGUCAGGUUUAAAUCCCACUGGUGUUAGCAGGGCCCUUCAUCGUUAAGCUCCGUGAAUCGGUUUGCCUCCGAGAAGAUGGCAGCAGACGACCAUGGCGCCGUAGAGGCUCUUUCCCACCGCAUGGUUGGCUUCUCCGACGCUCUAGACUGGAGACCGCUGCUUUUCGUGGAGCCCGUCAUCGCAGAGCGAGCUUGUGCCCUGUGCGGUGUGGUUUGCGGGACGGCGGUCAGGCUGAGCUGCGCCCACACCCUCUGCCCGGACUGCUAUGCGGAGUGCGUCGAGCAAGGACGCACCUGUCCGCUAGACCAGGAGCCCUUUAGCGAGGACGACCUGCUGCGACUGGACUGCUCCACGAGCUACCUCGGCAAGCGCAGGGUGGCCUGCUGGAACGCACCCAGUGGCUGCGACUUUAUUGGUCCUGUCACAAGUCUCCUAGAUCAUUUCAAGCAGUGCACCUUCCACACCGUGUCCUGCCCCCAGUGUCACUUCCCUGUGGUGCGAAGCAACAUAGUGAGACACUGCAGAGGUGGCUGCUGCUCACGUCCAGCCACGGAUACAGUUGCCAAGAACCGCCAGAGCCGUGAACGUGACAGCAUUCAGCAGGCACGUGACGAACUCAAAGAAGCCCUGGGAAAGGUGUCUGAAGAGCUCAUCUCGCUGCAGAGCGGUUUGAACCAGUGCCGCGAAGACAUCAGAGCAACUAGAGCAACGGGUACAAGCUGUCAACAUCUGUUGGAAAGUCACGCUCUAAGGCUCAAUGCUCUCAAUGCACUCUGCACCUCAUCCUUCACCGAAGAACGGAGGACAGUUGAGAAGGUUGCGGCAGAUGUGGCGGCGAUGAAACUGAGCAGCAGUCUCACAAAUAUUGAGGUUUCGACACUGCGUUUGGCACAGAGUACGCAGAGCAACCAGCUGAUUGCAGCCACAGAAGACUUGUCUUAUAACUUGAUUCGUUUUUGUGGACCCAAGACAUUUCACUGGUACGUUAGUGAUUGGGCAAACAUGAAGGCAACAGCACACCAAGGUCGCACUGCCUCUUCCGAGAGCCCUACGUGGAAUGCCUUUGGUUACAAUGUUUGCUCCUUUGUCCAACUUGUGAAGAAUGAUAACCGGGGGCUCAAUUUCAACUGUUACUUCAAGAUUUACGCUGGCAGCAGUGAUUCGGAGCUUGGAUGGCCCUUCAGCAAGACUGUUGUGUUCAAAAUUAUUCAUCCCAAGGACAAGUCAAAGGACAUUUCCUACAAAAUGGAUGCAGAUAAUUAUAGAGAAAACGACUCUUUUCACAGGCCAACAGGAACGUCGGAUGUGGGGAUUGGAAUCUCUUCCCUCUGCACUGCGGGCAAACUUCAUGGAGAAGGGUUUAUUCGUGACAACAAACUGCACAUGCUUUUGCAGGUCAAGCCAUAGAUGGCCAAAAUGCUUUUCUUUUAGUACAUAAUGUUCUGGCGAAAGAUUGAUGUGACAACCUCUACCCAGAAGUGUAUCAGAUAUGUAUUUCUUUAACCUUGGAACUGCAGGUAUGUAUUUUUUGGCAGUGAGCUCUAUCCAAACAAUAUUUAGACGCAAAUAAAAGAUUCCAACUUGAUGUGCAAAGAAA